AUGUUCACUAAACUUAAGAAUUUUUCCGAAGACGUUGCUAAGAGCUUUAAUGAUAUUAAUCAGGAUGGUUCCAACGGAAAUGUAAAUACGCCGAACCGACUCAAGAAUCCGAUUAACGAAUUGAAAAGUGAAUCUAGAGUGUUGAGUACCAAAACACCCGACGAAACAGAAUUAGUCCAACCAGAAGAUGAACCAAUAUCGAAAAGUCUGUCUCCGGCACUUGUGGACAAUAAGGGCGAGCCUUUAAAGGGUAAAAAUAUCGAUCUUGCAGACUUACCUUCAUCUAUUAGAUCCAAAAUGAAAAAAUUUGCUAAGUACGAGGAGAAAUACCCUAUUUUAUUAGAAGCAUUCAAGACUGAAAAGAGGAAAGCUGAAUUGAUUUUAUCGUUUGAGAAAGUAUUGCAAGAAAAUACACCGAUUUCAAGUAUUUCUGAGGCCGGCUUAUUAGUAGAAUAUCUUAAUGGCAUUAACGAAAAGACUACUAUGUUAAAUGACGAAUUACGGAAAUAUGCGAAAGAAAAUUCUGGCUUAACUGAGAAAUUAAAGGAAGCUGAAACCAAAUUGAAGGAAGCGUUGGAAAAGGGAAAGGAGCCAGAAAAUGAAGAGGCAACGAACGACGCAACAUCAUCUCAGAAAUCAAAUGAAGAAACUGAGAAACUUAAAAAUACCAUAUCAGACUUGGAAAAGAAAUUAGAGCUGAAGGAAAAUGAAACCAGGACUGUAGAAAAGAAUGAGUUGGAAAAUAAGAAGCAAGAUAAGACAGAUGAUAUAGAGACUAAAUAUUUGGAAGAAAUUGGUAUUUAUAAGACAGAAAUUCAUUCUUAUAAAAAAGAAAUUGAAAGUUUCAAAGAUAAAUUAGAGAAAUCUGAAAAUUCAUCAAAAAGUGUCAAGGAUGAAUUAAGUGUUGCACUCAAAAAAUCUAAUACAUUGGAGAAAGAUUUGAAAAAAUUAACUGAUACUUCAAAAGUUGAUACUGAGUUAACCGACUUGAAGGCUAAAUUAGAAGAAUACAAGAAACAAUUGGAACAAAUAAAACAAACUAAUACCUUAUUAGAAGCCGAAAUAGAGAGCAAAAAUAAAGAACUCGAAAGCUUUAAAGAUAAAUCAGAUAAGAUACAAGAUGAUCUUGAUAAUUCAAAUAAGUCUAUUGAAAGUUUGAAAUCUGAUGCUCAAGAAUUGAAUGCAAGGGCUAGUGACUUGUCGAAACAGUUGAACGAGAAGAAUAAGGUAAUACAACAAUUAGAAGAAAGUCGUCUGAUUGCUGAGCAACAUGUCGAGACCACAACACCAGCUAUCUCAACAUCAAAUAAUAAAAAGAACAAGAAGAGGAAUAAGAAGGGUGGAAAGAAGAACUUAACAUCUGAAAACCAGAUUACAUCCGGCAAGGAAGCGGAACAAGUAUCGCUGACUGUACCUGAAGAUACGCAAAGUAAUUAUGAUGAAUUGAAGAAGGAAAAUGAGCGUAUUCAAUCUUGCUUGAAGGAGAUUGAUUCUAGUAAGCAAGAAAUAUCAGAUGAAUUAAAGAAAACGAAAGAGAAAUAUGAUAAGCUUGUUAAGGAAAAUGAAGAUUUAAUUACAAAUCAUAAGAAUGUUAAAUCAGAUUUGAAUCUUAAAAUUGAAGACGUUGACCAUUUAAGAGAUCUGUUGAAAACUAUAGGUGAUGAUUUGGUUCAGGCCAGAGAUGAAAUCAAAGUAUUGAAAGAAAAGUCUAAGUCAGCUGAGCUUAAUAAUGAUGAAGGUUUGAAAAAAGAAUUAAAAGAAAUGCAAGCCAAGCUCAAUGAGUUAAAUAAAUCAAAGGACGAUGAAGAAAAAUCUAAACAGGAGCUUUUAAAAUCAAUUGAAGAUCAUAAAGCUUCUAAUAUCUCAAAUGAGAAAUUGCUAAAUGAUGUUAAAGAGGAGAAGCAAAAGCUCGAGAAUACUUCCAGAGAAUUGACAAAGGAAUUGGAGACAAGCAAAGAAAAGAAUUCUGAUCUUGAGCAGGAAAUUCAAAAGCAUUUAAAGAAUAUUAAACAUGAUUCAUCUCAAAAACUAACUCAGAAAGAUUUUGAUGUAUUGAAAGAGAAACAUUCUACCUUAACAUCUAAGUUUGAAGAAACCAACAAUCAAUUUGAAAUGGUUAAGAAAGAAAAAGAAAAUUUGAACUUAAGAAUCAAAGAGUUGUCUGAAUUCAAGAGCAACGAUACUUCACUUAAAUUGGAGAUUGCAUCUUUGAAGACAUCGAUCACCCACAAAGAUCAAUUAAUUGAGGAUUUCAAGAAAAAAAUUCAUGCAUUGAAUGAACUGAAUGAAGAAUUAUCUGCUUCUUUAUCUAAAUUAAAAGUAUCGAAUAGCGAACUACAAAAUAGCAAUAAGGACUUGGUUUCCGAAAAGAAUGCAUUAGUUACGAAACAAGAAUUAUCAUUUGAAAAGAAUAAUUCAUUGAAUAAUGAAUUAUUCAAACUUCAAUCGGAAAAGCAAAAGCUUUCUACAGAAUUAGAAGCUAUGAAAGACAAGCACGAUUUUUUAAUGAAAGACAAAUCCAGCUCUAGUAAUUCUAUUCAAUCAAUUAGACAGCAAUACGAAGAGCUUUCUAUGAAAUCAAAAGAAUCUUUGUUAAAGAUUGAAAAUCUUGAGGAUGAACUUAACGAGUCUAGAACAAUGUUACAGGAAAGAACAAGAGAGUCAUCUACUAUAAGACGCAUGUUGUUAGAUGCAGAAGAACAACUAAAGUUGAAGACCCAUGAUUUCAAGAGUGAAAUUACAAAAAUUGGCAAGGAAAAAAGUGAGAUUGAAACUAAUUGUCAAACAUUGAUUAAGAAAAAACAAAGAGAAAUCGACGAGUUUAAGUCGAUAACAGAUAACUAUUUAUUGAAAAUUCAAGAUCUAGAAAAUAAAUGUAAUGAGCUAAAGCAGCAGUAUGAAGAGUUAGAAUCAGAAAAACUAAAAAAUAAGAAUACUACUUCGGAUAAAGAAGAAGAUUUUGAAGAAACUCAACAAACAAUUGAAACUUUAAGGAGCUCAUUGCAGGCUUCUGCAAAAAAAGUCAAGGAUUUCGAGAAUCUAAACAAUAUUUUGAAGAAAUUAAACGAAGAGUCUAAUUUGAA